CGUCAGCAACUAAACAACAGCAGCUGGCAGUGCACGUGAGGAGCGAGGAGCGGGCUCGCGGUCGUUCGCUAUGGCUAAUCAGGGUGGAUGCGACAGCCUGCACGCUUCAGAGGUGCAGCCCGUGGGGAAAAGCGCUGGAGAGACUUCCUCCCAAUCACUCAUCUCAGGUGGAAGAGAGAUGGCGGAGAAAGAGGAAGAGCAACCUUCGGGAGUCCGACACCCUGCAGACACUUAUCCUCUGUGUCGUAUAUCAAAGCUGAUUAACUGGAAGAGACCGUUAUGGACUUCCGCUCUCUUCGCAACUACAAAUAUAGCGUUUUGGCUUGUGUCCCUUAGUCCCUGUCGGGUGUUCAGCCUCAUCUCCAUGUGUGUGGCUCUCUUAGUGAUAAUACAGCUGAUGAGAGAUGUGGCUCUUUCCAGAUCCAGAGGAGCCUCUCUAUGGAGGAGUAUGACAAGCAGCUGGGAGGUCAUUGAUUCUGUCCAGGAGGGCAAGUCUGGAGCAGGAUCACCAUUCACAGACUUCUGGACGAGCCUCAAGCUCUUCAUUGAGGAAACAUCCUCUUUUAAGCAGCAGAAUCCAGGCAAGUUCUGUCUGCUGGUGUGCAGUAUGUGUUCUUUUUUGGCAAUACUUGGACGUUACAUUCCAGGGGUUGUUAUUUCAUACAUCUUAGUGCUGGGCAUUUUUCUCUGGCCUUUGGUGUCGUCACAUGAGUUUGGGAUGUGGCUGGAACCAGUUCUGCAGAAACUGGACUUUGGAGUGGGCGAGUUUCUUCUGAAAAUAAAAGAGAAUCAUGAGAAAAGGAUACUCCAGUCUCAAGCCAAGAGAGAGAGCAUUGAAGCAGAUCUGUCUGCACUUUUUCCCACGAUGGACUCUACCAUGUGCAAAGAGUUGUCUAUAUCAGACACAGAGGUCUCUGAAAUAACAUGGACAGACAAUGGAACCUUUAACCUUUCAGAGGGACACACACCUCAGACAGAAAACUCUGAAGACUCAGACCGGCGAAGUGAUGAGGAGGUCUUCACAGGUGGACUACCAGAGUUUCCCUCCUUGGACAAUGGCUUGGGGACAAAUGGAGAUGACGAUGAAGACCUGAGCAUUGGUAUGCCCACCCUACCUGCCCAUCCCAGCAGGGUCGGGUCCACACAGUCAGACGAGGAACCAGCUGCCCAGGCUCUGGAGGUUGUGCAGAGGCUGGCUGGAGACAUGAUCACGGCAGCAGUAACCGCGGCCAUGCAGGAACGCCUGGAGGCAGUGGUAGCGCCGGCGCUGGUCCAGGCCCUGGCUGAGGAAUCAGACAGCGAGGCAGAGGACUUUGAGUUGUUGGACCAGUCAGAGCUGGAACAGCUGGAAGGCGAGUUGGGGCUGGACCGGGCGAGCCGUGCAGUAACGUCUAAACCUAGCAAACCUUCUUCAGGCUUUCUGUCCAAACUACUGGGGCACCACUGAUUUUAUUCAGAGGGGUUACGCUUCCCUCUGUGAUGGGAUGUGGGUGGGAGGAUGAAUGUCUGGUUUACAGGGAAAGGUCCAGAGUAAUGAAGGUAUUCCAUUGUUUUACUUUGCUAGUGUGAUUCAGUUGUUUUGCUAUAAAAACAGUCAUUUGUGGAAGGAGGCUAGUUGUGUAUUUCACAGGGAAGGUGAGAGUGGCUGGUUUUGGCGUAGCUCCAUCUCAGUGGGUCAUCGGAGGAAAUGGUUUUCACAAUGUUUCCUGUCAACCUCGAACCUGCCAAUGAACAGAGGGUUAUGGACCAGACUAAUGUCAUUAGUUUAGCAGUUAAAGGGCUGGUAGAUGCAGGAUACUACAUAUUUUGCUGCCAAAUAUUUCUCUUUUCAACUUCACAUAAUUACUUCUAAAAAAAAAAUAAAGCUUCAUGGCCAAAGAGUAAGGGCCUCCCACUAACUGACAAUCAGGAUAGCACUUAUAUAAGCAAACAGAAACACCUUGUAGUGAAGUAAACAUGAUAAAUAUGUAUUUUUAUUUGAAAAAUGUUCUUUUCUAAUUUUUUUUGUAUUUUUCAUGAAGGAUUUUUGAUUUUUGAAAAGCCGGUGGUUUUAGUGCAAUGAUCCUUUGCAUGGAUUAGACUUUUUUUUUUUUCCAGUUAGCACCUUUUUUAUUUUUUUAUUUUUUUUACAGUGAACCAACCAGGCACUAGAGCACAAAGGCACCAAAGUUGAACAGAUUUUGAUUUAUAUUCAUACGAAUAUUCAUCAAACAGUGCUUAAAGGGAUGGUUCACCCAAAAAUGAAUAUUUUGUCAUUAAUGGUGUUUGUUUUAGACUCCAUUGACUUUUGUGUUCCACAGAAGAAAGAAAUACAGGUUUGGAAAGACAUGAUUGAUUGAAUAAAUAAUAUUUUUUUUGGGUGAACUCUUUCUAUUUAAUGUACACAAAGAACCUUAAGAGUUAUUCUCGGGCAAAAGUAACAUAUAGAAUGUAUUUAAUCCCCAAGAAUAAUGUAGAGGAAAGACAAUUGUACUUUUAGUCAGUCUUAUAAAUCAAAAUGUCUCUUUGGGAAUCAUUAUCAGCUUUCAGUGAAAAACUAAUUGACCCAUUAUUCAUAAUUGCCUUUUCAUCAAUGUAAGUACAGAGGCACAUAUAGCCAAGACUGUUUCUGUUCACAGUGUGGUGCUUGGUGUGUAUCUAAAUUUAGUGUUUCUAACAAACUACUGAUGUAUUACAAAUUUUGUUUUAAUGUAUCAAAUGCUUUCUAUAGCACAGUGGCUGAAUAGGAAUUUCUGCCAGUCACUAUAAUGACUGAUAUCCAAAAAUGAUUCUAAUCAGUGUAAAUGUGAUCACUUUUUUAAAUUUAAAUAUAUUAUUUCUUCCUAUAUAUAUCUCCUAUUAGAUUGCUGCCACACACAUAUGAUUGCCGUAUAUGCCUGUGCAAGUUUGUCUUUCAGAGCGGAAGAAAAUAAGCAAAAUAUAGUUGGAUAUGAACAAUCUCCAGAAUCUAAUUAAAACCGUAUGAUUCAAAA